UCCGCAGCGCCCUACCGCCAGCCGGCGACCCCUUCGAAUGCCGCUACGUGAACCUGCAGCACCCCUUCGAUCUCUUGCAAAACAUCGCCAAGAGCGUCUCGCUGACUACUUUCGUGGUGCUGCUGCGCUGGCUGUGGGAGGAAGUCGCCGUCUUCCACCUGCGCGCUCUGAACCUUCUCCAGCUGCUGGAAACGUAGCACGAAUAUGUGGCGCCGUCGCCCGUCAUGCUGCAGCUGUGGACCGGCGCCGCCGCGAUUCCUUUUGACCAAUGGGCGCCCCAGGUCACGGAGUUGGUGCGCCGGAGGAUGGUGAAGUUCCUCAAUGUGACUGCCCCCUGCAGGCGGCCAAGGCUUAUCAUUGAUGGCUAAUUUGUGCGACUUCCCGCUCCAGGUGGCCAGCGAUGGCGUGGCCAGCAUCAGCUGCGAAACGCGGCGUUUUCAGCAGAUCGGGCGGAUUGUGGAGGAAUUGGAGUGCCGCCUGCAGCAGCGCACCUGGCUGAACCGGCGCACCUACCGCAAGGCCGUGCUGCAGAAGCGGCCGGGGACGCUGCUGGGUCUGGAGGAGCAGUGGCGGCUGGAGUGCCAGGUGGCCGAGCGAAUCGCCGAGACUGCCGGGCGGCCGGUGGACCUGCACUUCCGCCUCACGCUCCUCCACAACGCCGUCGAGACGGAGCGGCUCUGCAUCUUCCUCGCCGCCGAGGAGUCCUCGAAUGAUCUCCAAAAAACUUCCGCAUCCACAUCCAUUUCCGCCACUUCGUCCUCUUCUAACAUGUUUUGGUCCAAAAACUGCGGGAUAAUCACUGGAGAUUCUAAGAAAAACAGUAAAAACGGUCAGAAUGGCUAG